AUGGCCAUUUUUCGACUCUUGAUUCUUCUGACUAUUGCAUCCACAUCAUUCUCCCUAUCAACCAUCCAAUUCUCGACGAAAACGCAAACCUUCUUGGCCUCCGACAGGAUAUCCGGCCACCGGAAAAUCCCUAAUGAUUUGUACUGCGAGAGCUGGACGUUCACGGUGGAGACGAAUGAUGCCGGGAUCUGGGCUCUGGUUCCGGCGAGGUGUAAGGGAUUUGUGAAGGACUACAUGACCGGCGACAAGUACUUUUCGGAUUUAGCGGCCGUGGCCGACAAUUCCUUGGCAUAUGCGAAGAAGGUAAAACUUUCCGGCGACGGGAAGGACGCUUGGAUCUUUGACGUUGACGAGACAUUGCUUUCGAACGUUCCCUUCUACGCCAGCCACGGAUUUGGAUCAGAGAUCUUUGAUGAAGUUUCUUCUAAUAAGUGGGUGGAUAUGGCCAAAGCACCAUCUAUUCCUGCAAGUUUAGGGUUGUAUAAGGACCUUAAGGAACUUGGGUUUACAAUAAUUUUAUUGACGGGUCGGACUGAGUUACAAAGGAAUGCUACAGAACGUAAUCUGCAGCAUGCUGGGUACAGCAACUGGGAAAGGCUCAUCUUGAGGAAACGUUCUGAUAGUGGUAAACCGGCGACCAUCUAUAAAUCUGAGCGGAGGAAGCACUUAGAAGACAAAGGUUACAGAAUUCACGGGAAUUCUGGAGAUCAGUGGAGUGACUUGACAGGAUUCGCGAUUGCCAAACGAUCUUUCAAACUCCCAAAUCUUAUGUAUGUCAUUGCAUAG